AUGACAUCACUUCCGGCGUCGUUCAACGUCACGACCGACGUCCUCGCGUCACUUCUGGCCGCACCAGAAGAGAAGGGCACUCCUGGAUCUUCCCGCCGAAACGCCAUCUUGGGCCUGGUGCCGGAUCUUCCCGCAGUCCUAAGCCUCAGCCGUGAAGCCCGGGGUGAUGCCUCAAGCCUCUUGUCUCCGUCCCCGGCUUCCUCCGCCAUCCAGCUUUUCCGGCCAACGCCACCCUCCACUGUCACUGCUGACUGCCUUGGACCCGGAACUGCGCCAGGCGCUCGUCUUCUCUCCACUUCGGUGAGCACUUCAUCCAGGGAACCCGCUCGGUUUGAAUCCAG